AUGCGUUCAGCCAUCCCUUUCAUCCUCAGCCUCGGCUCCCUGGCUGCGGCCAUCAGCAUCACCGAGCCGACCCUCAAUUCAACCUACGCCGCCGGUUCCACCAUCACCGUCAACUGGACCACCGUGGACACCGAUCCCACCACCUUCAGCCUCUAUCUCUGGAAUUUCGUCUACUGGCCGCCCUCCUAUGUCCCCUUGGCGCUUGAUAUUCCCACCUCCGAUCUGNCAUACCCCGUGCAAAUCCCCUGCGACACCGAUCCCGAGUGGGGCUACCAGAUCAGCGGGAUCAACGGCACCAACGUCUACAUCAUCUAUGCUCAGUCUGAGAAAUUCUUCGUCUCCGACGUGGCCAACGCGACCGAAUGCGUUGAUACGAGUGUCACGGCCCCCGGAGCAUCUGCAACCUCUACCUGCCCUGCAGCAUCUACCGUUUAUGUCACGGUGAGCCCUACCGCGUCCAGCUCUGCUUUGUCCCACCACAACCAUCACCAUGAUCAUCAUCUUCUCCAUCACCACUCCUCCCAUCUCCCGGCUCCUUCAUCCACUCCUGCUCCUGUCAUCUCGUCCAGAACUGUCAAGCCAGGAAUUGUGCCUAAGACUAUUGGUUGGUGCUCAGACUAUUCCCACCCUGUGACCUUGGACAAGGUGCCGACCCCAACGGUGGCCUUGUAUGAAACGGAGACGGCGUCACAAGCCAGUACUCAGGAUGUCAGCGUCAUGACAGCCACUACUACCUGUGAUACCAUGCGACUUGAUCACCUGUUCCCAUAA